AUGCGUCCAUACAAAUGUGGUCAGUGUUCGAAACGUUACAAAACGCAAGCCGGAUUGAGUAAUCACCUACACCAAGCACAUCAACGAGUUGCCACGACAGUUUCUCAAAGCCUAACGCCAAACCUUGUUCCCGUUUCUCCGUCAGCGCUUUCGAACUCAUCAGCUACACAUUUGCACACAUCAUCGACCGCAGUCGAUACAUCACAUAAUACGACAAUAAUAUCAUCCAGUUCAUCCAAGUCAGCCAUGCCAUCCAAUCAGAUCGGUAUGACCGUAUCAAAUGCCGUAUCACAGCAACAAGGAACUAUGCGUCUUUCGAGCACCCAGCCAGUGCAAACUGCUCCACCGCCAACUGCCGCAGGGCAUCAGUAUCAUCAACAGGUGUCUGCAUCAAACCAGUCGAAUCUCUCAUCGCAACAAAACAUUCAAGUUCGUUCGGUUGGAGUCGCGCUAUCAUCAGGAGGUAACUCUCGAUCGAACAGCAACAUUAACAGCAGUAGUAUGGUUGAUCAACAACGCAUUUCGCAAUCGCAGUAUUCAGCCGUUAUUGAUCCUCAGCCACAGAUUAUGAGUGAUCAAAUGCAGCAGCGAGGAAACCUGCAAAGUGGUAUGCAGCAGCAACAGCAGCAGCAGCAGAAAAUGCCUGGCAGAGUGAUGUCAGCGGGUAGUAAUAUGGCAUUAGUAAAUCGAAAUGCUUAUCACCAGCAUUCAGCGAACGGUUAG